UACGAUUAUGCCGCCAAAGACCAACAGGCGCAAUUCAACAGUAUACGGUUAGCGGUGUCGUGUGGUGGUUGUGGUACAUUGUGUUCGCGUCCGAAUAUAGCGAAGAUCUCGUUAGAUCAUAGUAAUUUUCUUAUGUUUAUUAUUAACUAAACAUUUUUUAUGUACUAGUUUCAUUACGAAAUCAAGAAAUUUGCAAUAAAUAUUUACCCAGCGACAAAAAUACUUUAACCUACCAAAACUGUCGGUUAUGAGGAUUGAAGAUGGAUAGCGGCAACGAGACCCUUUUCUCGGAGGACUCAUCGCCGGAUUCGGCAGCGCCGCCACCUUCACCAAGCAGUGGCCGUGGAAGUCAACAGCCCACGCCCGCGCCUACACCACCUCACAUCACAUCGUCCUUGUCCAAGGGAAACUGUGUCAUACGUCCGGUAGCAUUCAAACCAGGUUCAAUGCGAUUUACUGACAACGGUGAAAGAUAUGGCUCUACGCCUAUACUGGCCAGAUCAUCUCACAGGAAUCUCUACGGCAGCACAAACGAACUUCAUCAUCAAUCCCUGAAACCGAACAUGGUAUCUUCAGGCACGUUAGAUCGUAAGUUACGUUCAGUUUCCCCAAUGGUAAUGUCGUCAUUGCCAGUACAGACUAAUUAUAAAUUUCGUCUGGGCCCAUCGGAAGAUUUCAAAUCAUCCUCAUCUUAUAGUUCCUACAGAGAUUAUCGACCCAGUUCUCAAUCCUUCUCGAGACUUAAUAAACGCUGUUCAGCAUCAGAAGGUUCAGCUAGUUUGUUGGACUUAACACCAUCACCAUCAGAAUCUACCAUGUUGUCAGAAAUGGAAACAGCUCUGAAAGAUAGAGACCGUGAAUUAAGACAUCUACGGCAAACUAUGGAACACAACGAGCAUGUAAUUUUUAGAGUUUAUCAAGAAAAAGAGAACGCUUGGGAAAGAGAAUUGCGAAGGAUCAAGACAAUGGGUGAUAAUAGAAUAAAAUCAGCUGCUCAAAAAUCUUUAAAGUUGGAACAAAUGUUAAUGAAACAAACUUAUAAGUUACAAGAUGAUAAGAGACGUUUGCAAGAUGAAAAUGACCGUAUUACGUCUGAGGCGGCAGACCUGAGAAAAGAAGUAGAAGAGUUAAAAAAACGACUGGAAGAGACUGAAUGGGGACUCUGUCAAAAAUCUGGAGAACUCUCACACAUCAAAUCGCAACUUAAAGACACACAGAAUGAUCUAACGACUAAAGGUCAUGAAGUAAUUGCGCUAAAAUCAGAAAUCAGGGAACUUUUGCAAAAACUUGAAACUAAAGAACGUGGAGUUCAGGAAUUUCAAACUAAAGAUCCCAACGAGAUAAAUGAAGACGACAAACAGUUAUCAUCAGACAAACUCUACUUUUUAAUACGACAACUCAACGAGCAAGUGGAAAACGAAUUAAGUAAUUAUAAGUUGUCUAAGUGCAGCACCGAAGAUCUAUCUUUAUUUCCGAAAAAAGAAAUAGAGUUAGAUCCAUGGGACCAAAUUAAAGAAUUAGAGUAUCAUACGUCGAAAUUAAUUCAGCUAUUGAACGAAGAAAGGAAAAAUUGGGAUCAAGAAAGACUUAAGUGGUUUCAAGAGAAAGAGAAAGUUUUGUGUUACCAAAGGCAGCUUCAAAUGAAUUAUGUACAAAUGUUCAGACGGACUCAAGCUUUUGAGACGCAAAUUGAAAACCUUACCGUUCAAAUGAACGUGUGUACCGAUCAUUGUGCAUCCGGUAAAUCUAGAAAGCCUACUGUGAAAGCAAUAAACGCUAUUAAACUUUGAGCACAACAGUAUUUUUUUUAAAUAAUAUAAAGAUAUUACCAUUUAUUUUAAAUACAUUUUUUUUUAAACUAUAAGAUUUAACAAAUGUGUCAUGAGCUACAUAAUACAUUGUAAGUUCAAAUAAAAGUAAUCAUGUUGUGAAUUAAUAGAGUGCAAAUUGUAUUUAAAUUUUUUUAUGAUGAUUUUAUUAAUUUAAUAUUAUUAUUAAAAUUAUUAUUAU